UAGAAUAUUGACACUGAGGUGAAUAUAUGGACUUAUGGCCGCUAAAAACAAAUACACACAUUCAGUGAACUUGGGGACAACGGCCAGAUAAGAGAUAAGACUCCAUUUUUAAAGUAUACAGAUUUACAUUUGCAAAACGAUGUGGGUGACGGUAGCCAUUGUGGUUCUACUGAUCGCUCUGAUAUUAAGAUAUACGGGACGACCCAAAGGAUUGCCUCCAGGGCCGACAUGUUACCCCAUCAUUGGGAAUGUAGGACUCGUCAAGCCGUCAGAAGCUGUACAAGCUCACAGAAAUCUCAGAAAGAAAUAUGGUGACAUCUAUACGAUAAUGACCUUCCACAAACCGAUGAUUGCAGUUCAUGGUUAUGACAAUAUUCGAGAAUUACUUGUCAAACAUGGAGACACAUUUUCAGACAGACCAUUAACGAUAAUAAAUGGAGUUUUCAACAAAGGCAAAGGUUUGGUGUGGUCAUCUGGUCCACUUUGGAAAGAACAGAGAACUUUUGCACUUACAACAAUGAGAAAAUUCGGAUUUGGAAAACGCUGUCUUCAAGAUCAAAUCAUGGAGGAGGUAGAUUGUUUCAUGGAAGAACUAGAGAAAUAUGAAAACAAACCUUUUGAUAUACAAAACAUUUUAAAAACAUCUGUGUCUAACGUCAUUUGUUCCCUGUUGUUUGGAAAAAGGUUUGAAUAUGAGGAUACAAAAUUUAAACGUUUAGUUGUUUUGCUGAACAAACUGUUUGCCACUGGAAAUGCGUCUUCACCUGCGUUUAUUUUUCCUGUCCUUCGUCAUUUACCGAUGUCAAGAUAUACCACAGUGCAGAAUAUAUUUGCUGAUAUAGAUGGAUUCACAAGUGAAAUAAUUGCAGAGCAUAGAAGAAAUUUUGACGGAAACAACAUAAAUGAUUUUAUAGAUGGUUUUCUUUUAGAACAAAAUGAGGCAGGAGAAAAUUCAACAUUUACAGAUGAGCAGCUCAAAAUCAGUGUACGAGAAUUCUUUGCCGCUGGAACCGAAACCACAUCAACAACAAUAAGAUGGUCUCUCCUUUUCUUACUUCAUCAUCCUGAGUGGCAACAAAAACUCCGAGAUAUUAUUGAUGCCGGUAUCGGUCAGAGUCAACCUAAGAUGGAACACAAAGAACAACUACCACUGGUUGAAGCAUUCAUUUUGGAAGUCCAACGUCAUGCAAAUCUUGUGCCACUUGGCCUUCCCCAUGCUCCAAAGGAAGACUUUCAUUAUAAAGGAUACCACCUUCCAAAAGGAACCUUUAUGUUCUUUGCAUUAGAUUCCGUGAUGACAGAUCCUGAAAUCUUUCCAGAGCCUACCAAAUUCAAACCAGAGCGAUUUUUGGACAACGAUGGAAAAUGCAAUGGGGAGCAGAAAGAAAGGCUUAUUCCUUUUUCAACAGGACGAAGAUUAUGUUUAGGAGAUUCGCUCGCCAAAAUGGAACUUUUUCUAUUCUUGACCAGAUUGCUACAAAAGUUUGAGAUAAAACCAGAGAAAUCCGAAUGUCUGCCAUCAUUAGAGGGGAAGUUGGGGAUAACCAACAUGCCAGCACCCUUUGACAUUGUAUUGAUAAAACGUUGAAAAUAAAAAAAAACACCAUGAAUUACACACGUGUUUUGUAGAAAUAGCAUAUUAAUCUUCUGCGCCAACCUCCGAUCAAAUAUGAAAAAGAUUGAUGAUUUAUUACUAUAUAUUUUUUAUUGGUUUUGAUAUUGUUAUAUCCAAAUCUGUUAACCUUUUCUACUGAAAAAAGAACAGGUGUCUUGUCCAAAGGAUGGUAUCAGAAAUUAUUGAAGCUGUUCAACUUAAGUAUAAUGAUAUAUAAUCUAUGCUUUGAUAUUCUUGCAUCAUUUGUCUUUCAUUGAUUGUAUAUUAUGAUGUCUUGUUAUUUCAAAGUACGACAUGUAAUUAACUUUUCUUAGUUUACAACUUUCUAGCUAAAAUUCAAGCAUCGAAUGAAUUUGACUACUUUUAUUAACUUAUUUAUCAUCUUUAGAAAGAUUAAACGAAUUUACCAGUCUUAUGUCUUAUGUAAAAUUAUAAUAUAGGUCUAAAGAAUUAUCAAACACUUUAUAUUAAACGUUAAAAAAAAAGAUUUAUGCCACCAUGGUCUCAUUUGUGUUAACAUCGGUCUUCAUUACUUGGCUUAUUUUUCAAUUAUCGACUGAUUUCUCAAUUAAAUGAAAUUGUUGCUUACAAUGAUUAUCAAAGAUCUUUAAGCCUCUGGGAGGUUUUAUUAUUGAUGAUGACUGCAAUGUGCACCUUUGAUUUUGUGUAAUAUGCUUGUAAUGAAAAAUAAAACUUUGUAAACAAUUUAUGGAAACCGGAUGAUACAAAAUGAACGAAUCUACCUUUAAAUCUCAGAUAUUGAUUUUGUUCCCAUAUAUAUCAGUAAGAUUCCUAAUACUUUG